UGAUGAUCGUGGCUCUGCUCCAGCGCUCUGUUGCGUACUAGAUUUGGCCGAAGCAGAUCAAAGGGGCUUCAGGAAAGGGGUGGUUCUGUCUUGGAGCAUAUAUAGAGAGCCGGGCGUCUCGCUUCUAAGACAGAAGGAGAGCUGGAACCCGAGGAGACGGUGAGAGAAACUCUCCAAGAGCGCUUUUUUGAGACUCUUCUCGCGAUUUCGUUCUAUUGGGCUUGUUCCCGUUCGUUUUAAGCUCUGGAUUGGUACCUGUUUGACUUUUCUGGUUUCGUUUCUGUGACACGCCAGCUUGUUUUGGAGUCGCGUUCUCAAAGAACUGAAACUUCGUGAGGAUUUCCAUUGUUUUGUCAACCCGACGGGAAUAUAAUGUCUCUUUUGCGCGUCAUACUGGGUUUCGCUGCAGCCCUGUGCGUAAACGCGGCGCAGAGCGCGUGGGAAGAGAGCACCGUGGUGCCGGUCCAUCUCGAAUCGCGCGACACCGAACCGACCCGCACGGCAGAAGCACGGGAAAAGCAAUCCGAGAAGCGCAUCUAUCGCUUGGACGUCUUUGGAAAUCAGUUCGUGCUGGAUCUGGAACCGGACCAGACCUUUUUAGCGCCUGGGUUCGUGUUCCAGAUGGUCGGGAAACCGGAGUCCGGGGAGUCUGACAGCGCUGGAGAGGCGCGGUGCUUCUUCUCUGGAACAGUGAAAGGAGAAGAACUUUCCGCGGCGGCGAUCAAUCUGUGCCACGGACUGCGAGGCGGUUUCUAUGUAGGCGGUGAAGAGUACUUCAUUCAACCCGCCAAAGCCAGCGGAGAGGCUUCAGAUGGAGACACCCACACCAUUCGCAGAAGAAAACGGGGUUUCUCGGAUGAGGAAAACGGCUCGAAAUGUGGGGUGAACGAAGAGGAGGAACGGGUCACCGAGAAACCAACCAAAUCUGACACAGAGCGCAUCCCAUCUGAGUCUAAAGCACACCGCAGAUCUCGGCGCUUUGUGUCCACUCCUCGCUAUUUGGAGAUCAUGAUUGUGGCGGACCAGUCGAUGGCGGAGUUUCACGGCGCUGGGCUCAAACCUUACCUGCUGACCAUCAUGUCAGUGGCGUCUCGUCUGUAUCGGCACCCUACCAUUCGUAAUUCGAUCACUCUGGCAGUUGUGAAGCUACUUGUUGUGUAUGAUGAAGAACACGGCCCCCAGGUGUCCUCCAAUGCAGCUCUUACGCUCAGGAACUUCUGCCAGUGGCAAAGACAGCACAACCCAUCAAGUGACCGGCAUGCAGAGCACUAUGACACAGCAGUGCUGUUCACCAGACAGGAUCUUUGUGGAGCUCAUUCCUGUGACACUCUGGGGAUGGCAGAUGUUGGCACCGUGUGUGAUCCGGAUCGAAGUUGCUCUAUUAUUGAAGAUGACGGUCUGCAGGCAGCCUUCACAGUCGCACAUGAGCUCGGUCACGUGUUCAACAUGCCCCAUGAUGAUGCCAAACAGUGUGCCAGUCUUAACGGUGACCAGUGGAGCACCCACAUGAUGGCAUCAACCUUGUCAAAUCUGAACCAGCUACAGCCCUGGUCCUAUUGCAGUGCUAUGAUGGUCACAACCUUCCUGGACAACGGCCAUGGUCAGUGUUUGCUGGACAAGCCUCAGAAGCCUCAGCAGCUACCCCAAGCUCUGCCAGGUUCCGUUUACGAUGCCAACCGACAGUGCCGUCUCACAUUUGGAGAGGAGUCCCAGCACUGUCCAGACCAGAGCACCACUUGUGCUGCCCUUUGGUGCAUGGUCACGACUGCAAAUGGCUUGCUGGUCUGCCAAACCAAGAAUUUUCCAUGGGCCGAUGGAACACCUUGCGGCUCUGACAGCUACUGUAUGGCAGGCCAAUGUUUGAGCAGGUCCGAAGCUGCCAAGUAUCAGACUCCAGUCAAUGGUGGGUGGGGAGCCUGGGGACCUUGGGGAGAUUGCUCCCGUACCUGUGGAGGAGGUGUGCAGUACUCUAUCAGGGAGUGUGACCAUCCCCUACCCAAAAAUGGAGGCAAAUACUGCGAGGGCAAGAGAAUUCAGUAUCGCUCCUGCAACACUGAGACCUGCCCUGAUAGCAAUGGUUUGACAUUCCGUGAGGAGCAGUGUUUGGCCCACAAUGACAUCUCCUCUCAGGUGUCAUUUGGCUCAGGGGAAGGUGUCGAGUGGGUACCAAAGUAUGCUGGGGUGUCUCCCAAGGACCGCUGCAAGUUGGUGUGCCGAGCUAAGGGAACAGGCUACUUCUUCGUUUUGAAGCCAAAGGUGGCUGACGGAACACCAUGCACCCCGGAUUCCACCUCAGUCUGUGUCCAAGGCCAGUGUGUGAAAGCUGGUUGUGACAGAGUCAUUGGCUCCAAUAAGCGUUUUGACAAAUGUGGCAUCUGUGGAGGAGACGGAUCUACUUGCAAGAAAGUUUCUGGAUCGAUGGAACGUGCUUGGGCUGGCUACCAAGAUGUAGUGACGAUUCCAGCUGGUGCCACACACCUAGAUGUUAAGCAGCGCUCUCUUGGAGGUCGCCGCCAAGACAAUAGCUACCUAGCAGUUCGCCGGCAAGAUGGCACAUAUCUACUGAACGGCGACUACAAGCUGACCACUUUAGAGACCGAUAUCUCUCUGAAAGGUGCACUGCUUCGUUACAGCGGUUCCUCUGCCACACUAGAGCGGCUGCGAAGCUUUGCUCCCUUACCUGAGCCUCUUACUAUCCAGGUGCUGUCGGUCGGUGAUUCCCCCCGACCUCGAGUAAAAUACAGCUACUUUGCGCCACGCCCUAGUGUGUCAAAACGCCCAUCCAUUAACGUUAUUAGUGAAGCAGGAGAUGCCGAAUGGGCCCUACGUGAGUGGGGACCUUGUUCGAAGACCUGCGGUGGUGGUGUCCAGACUCGUGACGUCAUCUGUCUCGAUUCAUUUGGCCACCAAUCAAAGGACUGUCCUGAAGAGCUGCGCCCUGUGUUGUUGCAGCCCUGCGCUCCUCAGGCUUGCCCGUCUUGGUUGCUCGGGGAGUGGUCUGCUUGUUCCAAAACCUGUGGCCGAGGCUUUCGCAAGCGACCUCUGCGCUGCAUCGGACACGACAGACGCACUUUGCCUAACGAGAGCUGCAACGCAAAAGAUCGGCCACGACCUCUCCUGGAUUUGUGCAACAUGACUCCCUGUUGAAACUGAACGCUGAGGCUCGAACAGCUGUAGCCUUGCACGUCUGGUGCCAACCAACACAGGUUUUUGGAUUCAAAAGGGCCCCUUAUGACCAAGACUGCAAGCAAACCUCUUUCAGUCUUUUAAAUCCCACGCAUCCAACACUGGGGGGCACAAAGCUGGCACACUGUGCACCUGUCUUGACAGCUGUGAUGGAGGAUGAGAAUACGGACACCUCUGCUGCUUUGGAUAGUGAUGUCAUGCAUGUUAGAAUUUGAGUGUGCAUGAGUGUGUAUGAUGAUUAAUGAAAGAGCGCAUGAAACAGCUAUGCAUUUGUACAGUCUGUCUGAGCUGGACUAGACAGGCAUGAUUCGUUUGUCACAAGAGAGCAUAUAGGAACAUAUAGGAGCUAUUGCCAGGGUCAGCAGCAGUAACAGAAGUGCUCAUUAGCAGUGGUGUUAUAUAAAACGCCCUCUAGUGGUUAUCCAUUUCAAAGUUGCAAACUCUGGCUCGGAGCACAUAUUUAACACAUGCAUUUUUCUUGCCAAAACCAACGCCAUAUCUCAACUCAGCUAGGCACACAUGCUGCUAAUCAAACACCACACCAGGUAUUAUGCAUUUCCUCAUAGCUAUGUUUAACGAUGCACAUUAGCUUUAAGUUUAGCUUCAUAGGUUGAUAUUUUCACCGUUUUGCAAAGCCAUACCUGAUCAAGAGGGAUCACUUUUUUAACGGGGAGGGAGACCAAAGAGCAUAAGUUCUAUACCUGAAGAGAGACUGUGUUUGUGAGUGUUUGUGUGUGUGUGGGUUAGUUCUGUGUGUUUGUGUGGAGAUAUGGUGAGGGACUUCUCUCCUACUACUACUUCAUAAGUAAUCCUCUCCUGCCUUCUGAGAAGGUGUCUUUGUAAUGAGGUAUUUCUUUUUGUACAGAAUAUCCAAACGUUAUUUAUUUUUGUACAGCCCAUUUAAUAUAAUCUUGUUGCUUUUUUAUAAUUAUUGUAUUUCUAUGUGUUAUUGUUAUUAUUGAAAUAACUGAAGGAUGUAAAAUAUAUAUUAGAGUAUUUAUACAAUAUCAAUGAUCUUAGGUUUAUGAAUAAAGUAUCACAUUGAUUUGUGGA